AGUGCAGUGGGAUAAUGUACAGCCAUGAUGCUUCUGCUAUUUCAAUGCACAGCAGACGACUAUCAACAAAAUCCUGAAAAUGUCUUCGACGAGAAGAAAGCAAAAUAACCCAACAAAGUCAGCAUCGGACACUAAGAAGAAGGAGCGAGCUACAAGGCCAUCAAGGAAUGCAGGAAAGUCUGAACCAGACGAGUCGUCUUUGGCCAGGACUAGGCCUCAAAGGAAGAUCAUACCAAAGCGACCAUUAUCUCCAGAUGUUGAGCUGUCGAGCAGAAGGAAGAAGCGCAGAAAGAAGAAGGCCCCUCCAGCCAAAUCUGUGAACAUUAUGUCUACACAUGCAGUCCACAUCAAACCAGGUGAGAUGAAACCUCCUAAACUGAGCAAACAUCAGAAAGCGUCGCUCAAGCCCAAAAAGAGGAAGCGGAAGAAGAAGACCUUUGUGUUUCCCAUCCUUGCAGCCGAUCGAGUGCCAAGAGAACCGGAACCUAGACCUAGCAAGGCAAAGGAUGGAGGAACAGGACUCGCAAUGAGUAGUCCUGGACCAGCUCUCCCAAAGAAGAGGGCUAAGCAUAUAGCAAGGAAUGUCUUGGAUGUGGACCUACUUAGAAUGCUGCCGGCAGCUGAGUUGGUCAAGAAAUUCUCCAAACACACAAGUUUCAAGGUCCCAACUGAAGAACACAAAGCUCCAUUGAAGCAGCAUGUGUAUAGCUGUAAGAUGCUACCCCACUACUGUACAGAGAAGUUCUAUGGCAAUGAUGAAGACACCAAGAGACAGAUCACCAAGCAUCUACUCAGACACGUUGGGGAGCUACUGACUGUCACUAACAGAGGAAUCAAUAUGAUGACACCAACCACAAAGAAACAAAAAAAGAAAGAAGCCAAGAAAGAUGGUACCGGUGCCAACUCUACCAUGUACAUCCUACCCAGUGCCCCUCGCCCUAUGAGAGUCACGCUACCCAAGAAUGUCAGCUCCCGUAUGAAACGCUCCAGCUACACCGUCAUCCGGUCUGCAGAUGGGUCUGAGAAGGGCAUCAACGAGGUGGUACUCCUACCCAAGGGCAGGCUCCUGGGGAUCAUGAAUGCACCCACCAAGAACUUCAGCGAAGACCACUUGAUAGACGUGGAUGAUAGUUCAUUGGGUUUGGAUACCAGGAAGGAGAGGGUCGUUGUGAAGAAAGGUGAUGGUAUCUUGGAAGGAACAGCUACGAAAGUGGGUAUUUGCCCCUCCAGUCUUGGUUCUGACAUGACGGGGCUGAGUAUAGAGUCUCUGGCUAAGGCAGUGGAAGCCAUGGUGGAUAAAGAGAGUCAAGGAUUGAAUAUUCAGGCUGCAGAGGCCUUGGCCAAAGCAGCUAAUCUUGAAGGACAUGGUGGCAAGGGUCAUGGAGGAGGAGGAGCAUAUCCACUUCGAGUGUACAAGAAAGUACCUGUGUCGCCACCAUCGUCAUCGUCCUCCGGAUCCUCUUCUUCUUCCACGUCAUCGUCGUCAUCGCCAGAAAGAUUGUCGAAGUCUAACAUCAAAGUGAAAAAACUCUCAAAGGUCUCCAAAAUCUCCAAAAAAGCCAAGAAGAAAACGAAUCAUAUUCCCUCUGUAAUCCCGCAUGCAGUUGAUGUUCCCAGUCCUGACCACAACUAUGCGUUCACAAAUAACCUGAAUCAUGGAGCCCCGCUGCAUUUUGAUUCCGAGGGGCAGCCUAUGGACUCGCCUCCAAGCAUAGAUGAAUGGGGGGAGGCUGAUGGGUUGGAUAUAGACCCCUUGGUGAGCUCCAUGAACGACCAGCUGAAUAAACUGAUCGCAGACAUUGAUGCUCCAGCUCCUAUGGCCAGGGUGUCCAAUGAGAAUGAAGAGCCAAUCAUUGGUGAGGGGGCUAACGUCACUGUGGAACAUGAGGAACUGAUGGUCAGCAAGCCCAAGAAAUCAAGAAGCAGAUCAAAGAACAAGGUCGUGGCUCAGAGUGAAGAAGUGAAGCAAACUGCUCUUCGUCAUCUGCAGUCACUGGCCAAGGUGAGGAAGCGUAAAGGACCUUUCACAUGUGAGAUAUGUCACAAGGUCCUCACUGCUGCCAGUACACUCCGAGCGCACUACAGGAGUCAUGCAGGAAUCAAGCCAUACCAGUGUGAGAUCUGCCAGGCCACGUUCACCCGUCUCCACAGCCUCAAGUACCACACCAUGAUCCACAACAAGGAGGCACGCUUCCUCUGCAGCUACUGCCAGCGACAGUUCCGCCACAGCAGCCACUACCGCGAGCAUCUGCGCCGCCACACCGGGGAGGAACCCUUCGGCUGCAGCGACUGCUCUGCGCGCUUUAAGACCAGGAACACGUACAAGCGCCAUCUCAGGAGCAAGCACGGUAAGAUAGUGGCCGAGGACGGGAAGAUCAACCUAGCCCCUGCUGCCUUGCUCACACCAUGUUGAGUCUCGCUUGGUUCAUGGUGUCCUCUCUGAAACGAAAAUGAAUGUGUUGAUGAACUUUCAGAAAUUGUACACAUUGUAAUCCACAAAUCUAACAUGGAGUGUGUGAUUUAUUUGAACAUGUCAAUCUCAAUAUGCUCUCUUGUACAAUCGUAGGAGUAUUAAACCCUUAGAAAAUUGAAGCAAACUUUUUGUUCUUUCAAUCUUAUGACCUGUGCCAACACUGCAUCUAUAUUUUGAAUCCAAGAUUGAAGAUCAAGGCCCAUCUUAUAAAGAGUUGUAAUUGAUCCAAAUAAAUCCAAGUCCUCCAAUCGCAAGUUUGCAGUCUCCUAAGUUGCGAUUAUUAUCAACUCUUUAGUAAACGGGCACAGUUGUACGAUUUCAUUCUUAAUCAGUAAGAAAAGAUAAUCUGAGCUAAUAAAUCCAGUACGAGUAUUUUAUAGCAGUGUGCACCCGAAUACAUAUCUCAAGAUAUUAUUUGUCUGACCUUUUUCAAACAUUUAAGGUUGACUGUAAUAUACAUUAUUUACAUAUUUUCUGGGAGAAUUAAGAUUAUGAUUUUAUUGAAUUAAGAAAAUUGUACCAGAUGAUAAGUUGAUAUGACCAGUUAUGUUAACAAAAACUUUUACUAGAUAUUUUGAUAAUAAUAUUAAAGAUAAUAACUACAGGUACAGGAUUAGUAGGUUCAUAUGAAAACAAAUUCCUUUUGCAAUAUUUGAAGCGUUUAUUCAGGGAUUGUCAUGUGGAUGUAGUGUAUCUUGGGAAGCAAUAAUAAUGCCUUAGUAGGUUAGCAGUGCACUCUUAUAUAUAAAGACAUCUUGAGAGCAUCGUAAGCAACAUGUAAGAAAUUGAGAGAAAAAAGGGCAAUUUUGAUAGAGUACUGAAACAAGUACCGGUAAUGAACUUUAGCUUGUGCUGCGUAUUAGUAGACUAUACUGCUGUGAGAGAUUAUUUGCAUUGCUUUCUUUCUGUCAGUCUUUUUUUUCCCUCCCUCUCACUUUCUCUCUCUGUCUGCUGUUUCUCUAUUUCACUUGUGGUUGAUUCAUUUUUGUCAAAGAAUAUUGUUCAAGAGUAAUAGUUUGUUUUGUGUAAAUGAAUUUCAAGAUUUGUUUCCGAUUCAUCCAAAUUUAUAUUUAGGCAGGAUAUGUAUCAGUACGAUACAGAUGAUUUUAGGAUUUGGCUUUGUCAAUUUGCUUCAAAGUUUUCUGUUUCUUAAUAAUUUCAAAAUGAGAUGUUCAUCUUAUUUCAAAAAGCCUGUAUUAGUCUAUUUAUUAUUGAAUUGAAUGGAAUAU